CCCAGCCUACCCAAAAGGACAAGCUCCAGCAAAUUUGACAGAAAUUGACGUACACGACAUAUCGUACGAAGUUUGGAGAAAAGUAAUAGCAAACUACAAAAACGGUGACAAAAAUGAUAUGAGAAGCCAAAUUCAAGGUUUCAAUGACGCGUGUUUUGAAGUAUUCAAGAAACAAACUGCAGUUGCUGAAGUACAAGACAUUAUUCAGAACAAGAAUAACAGUUAUGAUUUGUUGCUAGUAGAAGCUUGGACACGAUUUGCUCUUGGAUUUUCACAUGUUAUCAAAGCGCCAGUUAUUGCAGUUAGUUCUUUUGGUGCUGUUAAUGAUAAUUAUGACGUCAUGGGAGCCCCGAUUCAUCCUCUGCUUUACCCUCAAUCAAUAGCUACUCGUGUUUACAAUCUAUCACUUUGGGAGAAAGUUACAGAAUACUACAAAUAUAUUACUAUAAUGAACGACUUCCGAAAUUCAGAAGAACAUGAAAAUGCGGUUCUAAGAAGGAUUUUUGGUGAAGACACUCCUCCUUUGAGUGAAUUAAAUAAUAAUAUUGGUAUGAUGUUCCUAAAUAUUCACCGUAUAUGGGAAGGCAAUAUACCAGUUCCUCCUAGCGUGAUUCACAUUGGAGGAAUGCACCAGAACCCAGAAAAGGAUUUACCACAGGAUCUAAAGCAGUACCUCGAUUCUUCGAAGCAUGGCGUGAUCUACAUCAGUUUUGGCACAAACGUCGACACCUCUACCCUACCCAGAGAAAAGAUCCAGUUUAUUAUAAACGCGUUGUCACAUCUACCUUACGACGUUCUAUGGAAGUGGAACCAAGACGAGCUCCCAGGCCGAACGAAGAAUAUUAAGAUUUCAAAAUGGUUCCCGCAGUCUGACCUUUUAAGACAUCCAAAAGUCAAACUGUUCAUUACGCAAGGAGGUUUGCAAUCAACGGACGAGACAAUCACUGGAGGGGUGCCAGUAAUAGGCAUUCCUAUGAAUGGCGACCAAUUUUAUAAUGUGGAAAAGUAUGAAGUUCACAAGAUUGGAAAGAGAAUAUACCUUGAGGAUCUCAACGAAGACACGCUGAGGAGUGCAGUUAAAGAUGUUAUUGAGGAUAUAAGUUACCGAGAAAACAUAAUCCGCCUAAGAACCCUAAUGAACGACCAACCAACAUCAUCCCUAGAGCGCGCCAUCUGGUGGACGGAGCACGUACUUCGCCAUGGCACUAAGCAUCUCCGCGCGCCCGCCGCCAAUAUGCACUGGUUUGAAUACUACGAUGUGCAACUGCUAGUCAUUGUACUGAGUGCUGUUUUAAUUGUGAUAUUAUUGGGUUGUAUAGUUUUGCGCAUGAUAGUUACGGUGGUUAGGAGUACUGUUAAAGAUAAGGUUUUAUAGAUUUAUGAGUAAAGGUGAUAUUCGGAUGUCAACUGUAGGGAUAUUUCGCAGCAGUGUAUCUGGUUCAGGGCUGCGGCAGCCCUUUUGUGUUCUCAAUAUUUAUUUAUGAACUUGAUAAUGAUAAUGAACAUUAUUAAAGUAAAU